GUGAAGUCGAAGGUCAAGGCUCCUUCGGUACCGCCAUCUGUAUAUUCUCGUCCGCCAUGUUUGUCCUAUGAGAUUGUGUCUGCUAGUAUUCAUCAUAAUGAAGACGUAUUUGGGGAAUCGCUAAGACUGGCUUUGUGGUACACGUUCUUAAAAUGCUCACUUCCAACUUUCAAAUCGGCUAAUGUGAUUUACUAUCCAAAUUUCAACAGAAUAACAUACUCUAUCAUCAAACAGCAAUUCCUUAUCUCUUCAAAUAUUAAUAACUAAACUGUACGAUAUGCAACCACAUUGGCCUAUCAUUGCAGCGAUGUCAGGUCAUCCAACUAUUGCUAACGGCUCAGCGAUACCCAUUGACCGUCAUAUUUCUGGUCCAAUGGAUUCUAGCAGUAUGCUUAUUGGCGCACUCACCCCUGGUUAUGUACGACCGACUCUCUCUUCCAAUGUUUUACCUGGUUCCUCCAUCCCUUCAGCACCUGGUGGCUUUAGUCCUCAUCACAGUUUGGCCUACCCUUUCCCUCAUUCGUUCUCUGUUGGUGCCCACCAGUCGCUGGAACCCGCUAUCACUGGACGUCAGUUUCCCAAUGCUUCAAUUAACCCUUCUUACCAUCUACCACAGUUCCAACAAUCGGCUUCCCAGGCCUUACCCUUACCUCAUGCACCUGUCCCAUAUGGUCAGUCGUUGUCUUACUUAGCACCUUCUUUGGUAACGGCAAUGGGCAAUGGCAGUCUUGGCCAUAUACAUCAAACUUAUGCAAAUGUACCAUCACAGACACCGAUGGCGGUUAAUAUGACAGCACAUUGUCGUACGUUUGAUUCUUUAAAGCAUUUUGGUUCUGUUCCUCAAGCACAGCAUGGUCGUCGAAACAAAUCAACUGUCACUUCCAAGACUAAUUUAUAUAUAAGUGGAUUAAGUGAAUCUGAUACAGACGAUACAGUUCGUUCACUUGUUGAGAAUGUUGUUCAGCCAAAGUCUUGCAAAGCAAUGGUAGUCAACGGAAGAUGUAGAGGUUCCGGUUUUAUUGAUUGCGCUUCUGAAGAGGAUGCGGAAAAAGCGAAAGCACAUAUUUUAGAAUGUGCCAGAACUAAUGGACGCAAAUUAUCAGUGAAAUAUGCAUAUGAAAAUGAAAAAGAUGCUCUCAAUGUUUAUGUACGCAAUCUCCCACGUGAAGGAUUUUCAAAAGAGAUGUUGGAAAGUUUAUUUCAAAAGUUUGGUCAUGUUACAUCAGUUAAACUUCUUGAAACAGUUACUGGAUUUACAGGGAUUGGUUUUGUCCGUUUCGCCACAGCUGAACAAGCAGAAAAAGCUGUUGAACAAAUGAAUGAAGCCAAACAUAUUGUUCGAGGUGGCGAUAAACCUAUUACCUGUAAGCUAGCUGAUAAGGCGGAUCCCAGACGGCGUAAUGCUGCUCCUAAUGCACAAACCUUUGUUGCCGCCUCUGGAUUACAUCAGCAAAUACCUGUUGCUAGUCAUUUAACACGUACAGCUCAAGGUCUGUCUAAUCUUGCCUCUCUUCAAGCGUUAGGUCAAGCCCAACAAACUGCUUUUACUCCCCAAUUCCCUUUAGCUGCACAGUUAGUGCAACCCUUGCAUCAAACUCCCGUUGUUGUUCCGAAUAUGCAUUCAUCGUCAAUGUCUUCACAAAAUCGUAAUAUUCUCUUGCCAUCAACACUGUUACAGAAUGGUCCAUGUGGUACGGCCGUCCCAGUUUCGUUUCCUUCCAUUGGAUCAAAUGGGGGUAACGGUCAGCCAACCAUUUCUACUAGUUCCUAUAGGGCAAACUUAGUUGGAAUGCCUCAAGGUCAAAUGCCUUCUGCAGUUCAACCUAAUCAAGCAGCUGCAAUCGUUGCUGGAUAUGCUGAUUAUCCUUUCAGUCGUUCCAAAUCAUGUGUCAAUGUUCAAUCUGCAAAUUUCUCAACUAACAAUCUCCCUGUUUAUACGGCAAAUGGUAACCCUUCUCAGUCUACCCAUAGUGCUUUUCAAUCAGUAGUUACAUUUGGAACUCCAACAACUUCCAAUCAUCAGGGAGGAUUAUCGUAUGUUCACCAUCACCAACAGUCACAACCAGCUCAUAGUGUUCCUGCGCCGGUUGUAAGCAGUUCUCAGAUGGUUAUUUUAGCUCAAACCCCUAUCAACUGUCUAUAUCAGUCAUCAAACGGAUCUACAUCAGCCGCCGCCUAUCCAACAAGUAUUUUAUCAACAAGUGGUCAUCAGAAGCAACCACUUCUUUCUUCUAAUAACAACACUCCUACAGCCUCUGCUUGUCAAAUGCAAAACAUACCAUGUAAUUCAUGUCCAGUCCCAGAAACAACUACAAAUCUAAAUUCUGUUGGAUUGAUCACUUCCGAAUUUCAAAUGAUGACUUUUGGUUCGAACAGCAUGACUAGCACUUCAUCAUCUCAUCCGAAUUUGGUGACUGAUAUUUCUUCUUCUACUUGUGAACCACAAGAAUGGUCAAAUGUCGGCAACCAAAAAUUAUGUUCUUUGAAUUCUGUCAGCACUUCAGAAAAUGAUUUAGCUUAUCAGACCCCAUCUGUUCUUCAAAAUUCACAUGAGUUAACCACCCCAAACGAUGGUAGUGUUGUUUAUACCACUACUCAAGAUGCUAUUAUUGUGUCUAACACAAUAGUAGAGCAGAAUGAUACUCAAUGUUAUUCAAAUUCUGUGCAAGAAAAAAUUGUUUCAUCAAAUCUUACAAAUCUGUCAGGUUUAUCCAAUAAAGAAUUUGAUGAUGUCACUUCAGUUGAUCCUUCAAAUCAUUCGUCUGUCUCUAAUACUACUUAUUUAACGGGGAAUCAUUUCUCUUCGUCUAAUCUAGAAGUUAAUGGUUCAUCAAAUUCUACUGAUUGUCAGUCAAAUACUUCUUCAUCACAAAGAAAAAAUAAAGUUACUGACAAACAUGGUGAUUCAUCAUCGUCAAACUCAACUGUUGGUAGCCGUCAUUGUAAUGAGGCGAUCAGUUUAAAUGAUAGCAAAUCAGCAUCAUCAUCAAUACAACAGUUGAAUAGACGAAAGAAAAAUCUUUACUCAUCUUCUAGUAUUAAUAGUCAUAAACAGCACUCAAGGUCUCCGUCGAAGAAGAAGAGUUCACCCGUUAGCAGUAGUACCGAGGUUCGCAUGCCAACUAGUUGCACAAUUCUGAACCCAUCGUCCCCCUAAGCAGAGGCAGGCGUCUUACCUCCAUAUUGGAUGUUUUUUUACACAUCGCCACACAUAGUUGUCGAUCAGCUAAAAAUGGAUUUACAAUUUACAUGCGUGGUCAAUUCUCUCAUUCAACACUAAAUUUUCUUUUUAUAGGUACCAAACAGAAAAAAAAUAAUAAAUGAAAGUGUACAUAUGUCUUUUCUUCCUUUUGUUUUUUUAAAUCCACUCUGUAAAUGAUUUUACAAUCAAUGUCACUCAUUGUUGUGUUUUGUGAUCUCUUCCCCCUUCCCGCCUGUCUGCCGUUUCAUUUCUCUUCCUACUUCCGUUUGUUUUCUUAGGACAACUUGUCACUUUCCUUUUUUAAGGGUCAACAGAUUGAUAUGUGCAUGUUUAUAUUGAUGUGAAAGAUAAUCAGAACAUUGAGAAUCCGUUGAAAAAAAAACAAAACAAUGCUCAACCUAGGAAUCAACCUGACAAUCUAAACAAAUUAAUGUGGACAGCUGAAGCUUAUUUGUGUGUAUCUUAAUUGCCUAGUUUAUAAAAAAAAAAACAAGAAAGCAACCUUGCGCACAUUUUAUUUGUACUACUGUUGGUCGAAGCAUCAACUCUUUCCUUGUGUGAAAAAAAUUGCAAAUGUUCAAGAUGACAAAUUACGUUUAAUUGAGGGGUUGUGUGGCAAUAUAAGUCUUUUUUUUUCUACAAAAAGUUUACUGCUGACCUUAUUGACUGACUUCUGUUGUCUUGUUAUCAAAAAAAAGAAAACUUUUAUAGUGAGCUGUUUUUCAUAAAGAUUAGUCCUCCACCAUAAAAUUCAUUUUAUUAUUAUUCCGAAUUCUCCAAAGUUUAGGCUGACA